AUGAGCAACAAGCCACAUCACAUACCGGAGAAGUUCUUGACGCCCGUGUUUCAUUCUCUGGAUCACCAUUGGACCCUCGUCUUUGUCAGCAAAGAGGGUGAGGGUUCCAACAAAGCAUAUGUCAGAGCCCAGCAUUACGAUCCUACACCCAACACCCGCCACGAUGACAAUAUCAAAAAAAAGCUUCAGAAUUGGAUGGAGCUGCACUAUGGGAAAGGAAUGGAGUUGAAGUUUGAGCUGAUUUCUGGUCCUGUCCAUACCCCUGAACAACGUUCUUUGAGCGGGCAAUUCGUUGUCAUGGCGGCGAAUGAGAUUGCCAGAUUUGAGAAGAUCGUAUCAAAGCCCGAGAAAUGGAAUUAUGAGCCAAAAUCAUUUAUCAUGGGCCUUUUGGAUGGUGAGCACGUGGCUACCAGACAACUGAGUCAAGAGUCGUCGCUGUUUGUCCCGGAUGACACUCCAGUCAAGCAAAUAAAGACAUCGACUCCCACCACGCCUGCUCCCCGGCCCAAGACGUCCUCUUCCAAGAAGAAGAGGCUUGAGAUCCCUCCUUUUAAGAAUGACUGUUUAACUCCUAAAACGCGUACGCCAGCGCCACAGUCUCCUCUAGAGAGUCGCAAGCGUAUCACCGCAUCGCCUGCGACUAGGCGGAUGGCUACAGAUAUCAAGGCCAAGAUAGGCUCCCCAACGCCGUAUAAACGUGUCAACGAUGCACGCCACAGUUCAGAGCCUGACUCGAAGCGACGCCGGGUUGAGGUCGACGUUGGCGACAGAACGAGGGAGAUUGUCUCAUAUCUCUGUGAUCAGGAGCUUCCAAUGGAGGCUACUUCAGCAGAAGAAAGCGACAAGCGUAUCGCAGAGCUCCGUAACUGUGAAAAGAGGUAUGAGGAGGAGAACGAGGCUUUGAAUCAUAGCAACGCGCAAUAUGCGCUGCAUGAGAAUAAGUUCGACAGCGUUUCCAAAGAGUAUGAUUUGCUCCAAGCUGAAAUCGACGAGCAGGAGAGAGCGAUAGGGGCGGCGAUGGAGACAUACAACACCCAGAUCCCUGGAGUCAGAACCGCCUGGCAAGACAAAAUGCUGGCUGCGAUGCGCGGUGUUUUGGAGCCUGAGAAGGGAAAUCUCGAGACCAAGUCGGUCGAGAAGCGUCAAAUAAAUGAGACUCUCAAGUCAGCGGGCGAGGAGCUUCUGGCGCGACAAGGCCAAGUCGCUGUGGCCAUGCAAGAGAAGUUGUCGGCGGAUUAUGAGGCCCAAAAGGCUGCUGAGUGGGAGGAGAUGAAUGCCAUCUUACGUGAUGCCGCGAGGAACUUGAAGGAGUGUAGAGACCGUUUGAAGAAGUCUGUAGAGACUGGGGAUUGGGUGUCGGGUUUUGAAGAGAGACGACGUCAGAGACGAAAUGAAGAAGCUGUCGUUGUUAAUUAUGGGAGCGAUAUAUGA